GUCGGAAUCGUUCGUAGAUUAAUCUGCUAAUCUAGAACCCGCACGCCAUCUUGGAAAGCAGAAAAAGAAGCCCGAUAAUUAUAACGUGUAAUCAUGGGGACUAGAGUGUAUGUUGGACGAGUGUCAAACCAUGCAAGAGAACGAGAUAUAGAGAAGUUUUUCAAAGGUUAUGGAAGAUUAAGGGAUGUCAUGAUGAAGAACGGUUAUUGCUUUGUGGAGUUUGAAGAUGACCGUGAUGCUGAUGAUGCAGUCUAUGAGCUAAAUGGAAAAGAAUUAUUGGGUGAAAGGAUUAUAAUUGAGCAUGCACGAGGAACAAGACGAGACCGUGGAGGUUAUGGAGGAGGUGGUGGUGGUGGUGGUGGUGGUUACGGAGGUGGUGGUGGUGGACGGGGGUUCGAGCGUUCAUUCAGACGGGAUCCAUCCUGGCUUGGAAAUGGUUCUUCCAGGUAUGGGGCACCUGUGCGGACAGACUAUCGCAUAGUUGUAGAAAAUCUUUCGUCCCGAGCAAGUUGGCAGGACCUGAAGGAUUAUAUGCGCCAGGCAGGAGAAGUUACAUAUGCUGAUGCCCAUAAACAGAGGAAAAAUGAGGGUGUGGUUGACUUUGCGACCAAGUCUGACAUGAGACGAGCCAUUGAAAAAUUGGAUGGAACAGAGAUAAAUGGACGCAAAAUCAAAAUGGUUGAAGACAGACCCAGUCGCAGGAGAAGAAGCUACAGUCGCAGCCGGACCAGGUCACGAACCCGUAGCCGGUCCCGCAGCCGGUCCAGGAGUCGUAGCCACAGUAGGAGCAGGUCUCGAUCCCGCAGGAGUACGCGCAGCAGAUCAAGGUCAAGGUCGCGUAGUGAAAAGAGAUCUCGGUCUAGAUCCAAGUCUCACUCCAGAUCUAAAUCUAGGUCAAAGUCCAAAUCUCCUGACAUUAAGAAAGAAGAGCCACACAACGAGAAUGAGGAUAACUGAUGUCUCAUGGCAUUUAUCUUUGUUUGAGAAUCCUUUUCAUUUCUCUUUUGCAAAGUCAAUUAUUUGCUCUUUACCUUUUUAAACAUGUUUAUGAAAGUUGGACCAUUUUACUGUUCAGAUUGAUGGCUCAUAUUCAAUUUGUUAACAUUUGUCAUUCGUAAAAUCAUUCUUAAACUCUAUUAAAUUUAUGAGAUGAGAGUGAACAUUUGAAAUUGAUAUUUUGCAUCACAUUCAUAGCAAUGUUACAUUGCAGCUUCUCAUUUGUUUUUGUUUUUUUAUAGUAUACUCAUCAUUUGAUCAUUUCAUAAUUAAAUUUGUGCUAUUUCAUAUCUUGUAUUGAAACUUGAGGUUGUUGUACAUGGAUAUGUGUACAACAAAAACAGAUAUCCUGUUAUUUCAUCUUUUGUUUAAAGAGAUUUGUUGUAUAUUUUCAUACUGGCAGACUUUUGGCAAGUGCUGAUGUUAAUGACGAUGAUUGUUAUUUUGUAGUUUUAUGCAAAAGAGAAAAAAAUAUUUUCGAUGAAUUCAGCACAAAGAAUGAAAAUAAUGAAUUAAGUUUAAAAAAGUAUGACGGGUUAAAUAAAAGAUAAAAUUUUAUGGCAUUUAUUUGGACUAAUUGUUGUCAUUUCACAUUUCAUUUAUAUGAUAUGAAAUGUUUUGCAGUUAGAUUGAUAUUUACUCCAAAUUUAUAACAAGGACAAUUUUCAUGGCAUAACUUAUUUUGUUUUAGUAUUUUAACAUUUUAAAUUAAGGAUAUUUCCAUAAGUUUGCUUAUAGUUGAGUAACUGUUGACAUAGUGUCAGGUGUACUUUGUCUCAUCAUUAUGUUACUCAAUGAUGUCCUUGUAUUUCACUGGCUUUUGUUUGUAAAUAUUUGGUAUCACUGAACACAUUUUCAUAUCAAGAAAUCAUUGUUACAUUACAAAGAACAAAUUUUAUCUCCUGAACUUACAUGUAUUUGUGAAUGUAGUCUAUGGUACAGUGACUGUUGUGAAUCUCUCUGUUGAACAAAAGGAUGCAGAACCUUUGGCUGUUGCAUGUGGUGAUUCAUAGUAAUGUAUCAUUAUGUUGAAAUAAACAACAAGUCAAAUUGCAAA